AUGCGAGACGCCUUCGACGAAAUGUUUUGUGUUUCCAAGGAGGCUGAGAGUUGCGCGGAGCAGCAGCGGGACCGACUUUGCAAAGAGUGCAGGCGCAUGAAUAGAGAUGUUAUGGGGCGGCAGAAGGAGUGUCGACCAGAAGACACCAUAACAGAUGUGAGAUUAUCGCUCCACAGCCCAGACAUUCCAUCUGCAGCUUCCAAGAAUGCCGUAGGGGCUCAUGAACAAGCAGUGUAUGAGACGAAACGCAGCCAUUCAGCUGGUAGUGGCUCUAUCAAGGAGGAGUGUCGCCGGAGAAGUUUAUGGAAGCCUGUCAAGCGGAGACCGUAUGUUUGCAAAGGACAGCGAGGUGACGCUUCAUAUUUCAGUUUAGACUCCAAUGGUGAUGUUGACUCAGGUCCACUUAAAUUGAACUGCGGUCGUUCAAAGGCGACGACGUCUGAAACCUUUUCGUCUUACCCGCAGAUGUUGCCUUUGCCCCUAUCAGGUCAUCCGUGCUAUAGGGGCAAGUGCCGUGAUUAUGGUGACGUAUCAUGUCUUUCUUGUAGAUGUUUGUCCGGUCGAUUGGAGUCCAGAUCUUAUCGCGUUCCUGGAGUGGGCCCAACACCUCCUCGGCCUAACCUGCGCUUCGCGCCAGGGUGUGCUACGACGCCCACAAAUUUUGAGGAUACCAGCAUGUGUGUCCCAAAAGGGCCUCUUGUGCAUGAGAAGAGUUUUUGGAUCAAUGUUUGGCCCUGUUUCGGUACUUUUACAUCGUUUCUUUGCAAGCCGACACGGAUUUUGGUGCACAGUAGUUACCGCUACAUGGAGCAGCUAACAGAGAAGGCAGGCAUGUUGAUGAACUGCCAACCGGCACCUAGUGUUCUUUUUGAGCCUGACGGUCGUUCCUUGCGUUCGCUUGCGCAGCUCUUGCCUGAACAGCAUUAUCUGUUCUUUCCAAGCGGGGGUUUAUACCGCAAGGAAGCUGUUCCUGCCGCACUUCUUGUGGAACUUGUGAGAACUGCGAAGCUGACACUCCAACAGCAUUCUAGGUCACACGACAACUGA